CUACUCUACUAAAAAACCGUAAGCGGGACGCGGGCGUCUGUCGUUCGUCGCCUUGUGCGAGUCCGUGCUAAUCCAUCUUCGUCCAGCCGGUAAUCAACGUGAUUCGUUCGAUCCUUUUCGUCCAGCCGCUAAGCUCUGUCGGUCGUUCGAUGUUGUACGUCGUCGCCCCCACAGAACGCGCUCGCGCUGCCUUCCGUCAUAUGGAAAACCCGUAAACCUCGUGCCGCCUCCCGUGUUUAUCUCAUCUAAUUUGUGAUCCCCCGCGACUGCCGCGAUCCCUGGCUCCCUGCCGUCGGGCGCCGCCGUCCAGUUCUGCGGUCGUGAUUCCUCGUGAAGGUGCGACUGCGCACCUCGCGCCAUCCCACCGAGCCCCCACUGCGCGUGGCACACCGCACCAAGCCUCCCCACCGGCGGCCGCUUCGUCGCCGACCCGCAGCCGCCGCGCGUCCGCCCUCGCGCCGAGCCACCGCCGGGUGUGGCCGUUCGCGUUCGGGCCGCUCGCCUCCCCACCAUACAUGCGUUGGAGGAGGUAGACAGGUGGGUGCUCCUUGCUCCCUCGCAGAUCCAUGAUAGUAGAAUGAAAUGGGGACGACUGCAGUAGCUUGCCUCCGUGCCUCCCCAUCAUCCUGUCGUGAGCAGGAAUGGCCCUGCACAGCCGCAUGCCUGAUCCUCCUGCGAAGAAACCACCCUGCGUAGCUGCCCGACGUGGAGCCCAACUCCCUCAGGUCACAGCUCAUGCGUGCCAGAGCUCAGAGGAGUAAACAGCACCAAGACUCCAAGACGGCACCACCAAGAGGAAGCUCCCAUGCUCGUGCUACUCAGGCCAAGGAGGCCACACAAUGAGAUUGGAUCAAAUGGACAUCAUCAGACCCAAGCAGAGUUCUCGUGAAUCGGAGGAGGCAAUGCAAAAUUAUGCAUUUGCCUUCCCAUGAACGAGGCAACAAGACAAGCAAGCUCUGAAAGAGUUUGAUGAAACGAGUUAAACUGCCAAGGGGUGACAGUGUGUAUCCUAGGAGCAACUGGCCUAAAUUCAGCUGAGGAAAAAAGAAGUACUGGUUCAAGAGUUGCAUAUAAUUCCUUGGUGUAAAUCCAUCUUGCCCAUGUUAUUGACUUUAUCACACCAAGGACCAUCUUGUCGAAGUGCUCAAAAGGAUUGGGCAGCGGCUUUGAGCCGGAUACAGUUGCCUGUGAGGCUAACGAAAUGGAUUCUCACAACGGGGAGGCUGAUGACUUGCCUCCUCCACCUCCUCUAAAUGCGUGCAUUGAACCUCUUAAAUCUGAGGAAACAAAGAAGCUGUUGAAACCUAAGAGGGCUCUGAUCCCUAGGAAAGGUUUUGGCAAAAAGGGGCAGCAAAUAAGGCUUGUAACAAACCACUUCAAAGUUUCUCUGAAGAACACUGACGAAUUUUUCUAUCACUACUACGUGAAUUUGAAAUACGAAGAUGAUACACCUGUUGGCAAGGGAGCCGGCAGGAGUGUGAUUGAGAAACUUCAGCAAACCUAUGCCACUGAACUUGCAAACAAAGAUUUUGCGUAUGAUGGUGAGAAGAGCCUGUUCACAAUUGGUGCUCUUCCUCAAAAUAUUAACGAGUUCACUGUUGUGGUGGAAGAUGUUUCAACUGGAAAGACUCCUGCAAAUGGCAGCCCUGGCAAUGACAGUCCACCUGGUAGUGACAGGAAAAGGGUCAGAAGGCCUUACAAUACAAAGACGUACAAAGUUGAGCUGUCUUUCGCAGCAAAAAUUCCUAUGAAUGCAAUCGCACAUGCUUUGAAAGGUCAGGAAUCAGAGCAUACUCAGGAAGCGAUUCGAGUGAUUGAUAUUAUUCUGAGGCAGCACUCGGCAAACCAGGGUUGCCUCUUGGUUCGUCAAUCAUUCUUCCAUAACAAUCCUUCCAACUUUGUUGAGCUUGGAGGUGGUGUAAUGGGCUGUAGAGGAUUCCAUUCCAGUUUCCGUGCCACACAGAGUGGACUUUCACUAAACAUUGAUGUGUCAACAACAAUGAUAGUACAACCUGGUCCUGUCAUUAAUUUUCUACUUGCCAACCAGAAGGUUGACAAUCCAAACAAGAUUGACUGGCAAAAGGCAAAGCGCUCAUUGAAGAACUUGAGGAUAAAAAUAACCCCAACGAAUGCUGUGAACAAGAUUGUUGGUCUGAGUGACAGGCCUUGCAGAGAAACAAUGUUUACACUAAAGCGUAGAAAUGAUGACAAUGGUGACUCUGAAGAGAUCAGUGUUUAUGAUCACUUCGUAAAGAACCGUGGCAUAGAGCUCAAAUACUCUGCUGACUUUCCUUGUAUCAACGUGGGAAAACAAAAGCGGCCAUCUUAUUUUCCAAUAGAGCUCUGUACGCUUGUGUCUUUACAAAGAUACACCAAGUCAUUGACUACACUUCAGAGGUCUUCACUUGUUGAGAAGUCUAGGCAGAAACCCCAAGAAAGGAUGUCUGUGCUAUCUGAUGUACUGAAACGCAGCAACUACGAUUCAGAGCCUAUGCUAAAGGCAUGUGGCAUUUCAAUUGCUAAAAGUUUCACUGAGGUUGAUGGUAGGGUGCUGCAAGCCCCCAAGCUCAAAGCUGGUAAUGGAGAAGACAUUUUUACACGCAAUGGGAGAUGGAACUUCAACAAUAAGAGGCUCAUUAAAGCUAGCAGUGUUGACAAAUGGGCAGUAGUCAACUUUUCUGCACGCUGCAAUGUCAGGGACCUUGUCCGAGAUCUCAUCAAGUGUGGUGGCAUGAAGGGAAUUAACGUAGAACCACCUUUUGAUGCAUUUGAAGAGAAUCCUUCAAUGAGGCGGGCACCUGCUGUAAGAAGGGUGGAGGAAAUGUUUGAACAAGUGAAAACAAAGCUGCCAGGAGCACCCAAGUUUCUUUUGUGUAUUCUUGCUGAGAGGAAGAAUUCUGAUAUUUAUGGACCUUGGAAGAAGAAAUGCCUUGCUGAAUUUGGGAUUGUUACACAGUGUGUGGCACCACCACCAAGAGUUAAUGAUCAGUACCUUACCAACGUCCUGCUCAAGAUAAAUGCAAAGCUGGGUGGCUUAAAUUCAAUACUCCAAGUUGAAUCAUCCCCUGCAAUGCCUCUUAUAUCCAAGGUCCCAACUAUGAUUUUGGGAAUGGAUGUGUCCCACGGUUCUCCUGGACAGUCUGGUGUACCUUCCAUUGCUGCUGUUGUCAGUUCUCGUGAAUGGCCUCUUAUCUCAAAAUAUAGAGCAUCAGUGCGCUCUCAAUCAGCUAAGAUGGAAAUGAUUGACUCGUUGUUUAAGCCACAGGGAACAGAUGAUAACGGCCUCAUUCGGGAGUGUCUGAUUGACUUCUACACCAGUUCUGGGAAGAGAAAGCCAGAUCAAAUCAUUAUCUUCAGGGAUGGCGUUAGCGAGAGUCAGUUUAGUCAGGUGCUGAACAUUGAGUUGGACCAAAUAAUUGAGGCAUGCAAGUUUUUGGAUGAAAAAUGGGACCCCAAGUUCACAUUGAUUGUUGCCCAGAAGAAUCAUCAUACGAAAUUUUUCAUCCCUGGGGCACCAGAUAAUGUUCCUCCUGGUACUGUGGUGGACAACAAAGUCUGCCAUCCAAGGAACUAUGACUUCUACAUGUGUUCGCAUGCUGGAAUGAUAGGAACUACGAGACCUACACAUUAUCACAUCCUUCAUGAUGAGAUAGGCUUCAACCCUGAUGACCUUCAGGAGCUGGUGCACUCACUUUCUUAUGUGUACCAAAGGAGUACAACAGCCAUCUCAGUUGUUGCUCCCAUCUGCUAUGCACAUCUUGCUGCUGCCCAGGUCGGACAAUUCAUAAAGUUCGAUGAGAUGUCGGAGACAUCCUCAAGCCAUGGAGAGCACACAUCGGCAGGCAGUGUCCCUGUGCAGGAGCUGCCGCGCCUCCACGACAAGGUCAGGAGCUCCAUGUUCUUCUGCUGAGCUGCACAUGCUCCGGUGCUUUCUGGGUGGUUGGCGUAUGCCAUUUGCCAUGUUGCUUUUGGUGGAUGUUUAUGAACCUUGGUAGUUUGGUGACAUCGGUGGUGACAUGACAUCGGGUGGCUUGAUGCCCCUAAAAUGUUUUCGAGACUCAGGAAGAACCAUGUUGCUUUUUGGUGGAUGUUUCAGAACCAUGGUAGUUAAUUAAGUAGGUGACAUGGGGUGGCAUGAUCAAUCCCCUAAACUGGUUACGUGACUUCGGCAGACUUAAACUUGUUAGAAUGUGGUUGAUCGCUAUUUGCCAUUGCUUC